UCCACGCGUCACUUCGAAGGCGAGAGCAACCUUGAUGCCUGUUUUUUGGAACACUGCAUGCGAUUACGAAGCUCCAAGGUACCUUGCACUACGUUGCCCACAACAAAUCCAUCAUCUUCACCCAGACCUGGAUCUUCUGCGGCCCUUUCAGUCUGCUGCAUGGUCUAUUGGUCACAUCUUUACGGUUUGUUUUUGGUAGCAAGACGCCAGCCUCAUGACCAGUGCCGUUGUGUCUGGGGCACAUGGAACGGUGUCUACAGUUCUCGGCGUCCGCCAAUCAACGUCCUUAUCAGACUCAAAUUUGGCAGAGAGGUCACAACGGAACCCAUUCAAGCUAAUGUGCAUACUAGCCUCAGUAAUUACACUCUUUAUUUGCCUCAUCAUCGUUGUGGUACUCGCAGCGUCGUCGCACACAGAGUCCGAGCGGAAACAAACAUGCCAAUCUGCACCAUGCGUCGACUAUGCUAAUCUAUUCAAGAAACUGCUGAAUUAUAACGUAGACCCCUGCAUUAACUUCUACCAAUACGUUUGUAGUAAAUGGGAUAAGCAGAGUGCGGCAUCUGUUCUUGAUGAUCACAUGGACAAGUUUCUGCGCCAAAUGGAGUCACGUCUAAUCACGCGAACGGUUUCAGAAUUGCACCAGACAGCCGUUGAGAAAUCCGCCAGGUUCUACAAAAGCUGCCUGGAUAUAGCAACCGGACACAAGAACGGAAUUCAAGAUUUCGUAUCCAUGCUGUCCGCAGGAAACAUCUCAUGGCCAACGGUGCCAGGGAGAGCAGACCUUGUGAAAGCCAUGGUGUACGCAAAUGUCCACUGGGGCUGCCGCCCGUUGCUUGACAUCGACGUGUUGUUCAUACCAAAUGCCACGGUGGGUGUCCAUCUCUGGUCAUCUUCUUUCCCUUCCACAUGGCACACUAUCAGGAGUCAAAUGCUGAACGAUAGUAGUGAAGUGUACUAUGUGUACUUUGAUAGGUUUACCACCUCACUAUCUGGGACCACUGCGACAAGGCACGCUUUCGCAGCGUUUGUGGCGGCCGAAGACGCCAUACUAGGUCGGCUUGCCAACAGGUUGGUCUCUAAAGAGGAAAGAAUUGUAAUGAACGAGACAGAAUUUGUGAGAAAACUAGACGAGAACAAAGCGUUCAAUAUCAGAAAUUGGCGGACUGCUUUUGAAGAUCUUCUAAACAUUUCACAAAACGAAGAAAUUGUGGUGAGCAUGGAUGCGGGAUACUUCGAUGCCUUCGCUUCACUUGCAUCCACACUGGGCCCCAAUUCAAUGCUCAUGUUUCUGGCAUGGGGUAUUGUACAAGAACUAGGAGGCUGGUUCGAUGGGACUCUUGCCGCUUUGAAAUACGGCGGAGAACAAAGGGCGAGCAAAUCAGCGAAGAGUAGAUGCAGGCUGCUCGUCCAAUCGUACAUGGGAAUAGCAAUGUCGGCACCGUACGCGUUCCACGCUAUCACCAAGACCAAGGUGGGCAACGUGUCUGAUAUAUCUCGUCGACUACAAAUAUCUCUGAAGGGAACGUACGGCCCCUCCAUAUUCAGUAUCAGUGAAUAUCAACGGAUCCUCGAGAGUACGCACGACUUAGUUGGGAUAUUCGGUGAAAUCGGCAAUGGCACUGAGCUCGAUCGAUCAUACGUCAUGUUCGCAGACAUGACGAACAAUCUGGCGGACAACCUCCAGAAGGCAGUGGCAGCGUUUAGAGCCCAGCCUGAGAGCAAUCUUCCAGUUAGGACGCGGUAUAUGCGCAAUGGACACUUUCCUCGUGUCUUUGACGCUGAACAACGAGAGCUUCAUGUGUGGCCUCCCUUGCUUACGGAUAUAGUCUUCGCUGAUGGUAUGAAUGAUGGUUUGCGGUACGGAGGGCUUGCGUCGUUCAUUGCGGCAGGGUUUCUGGAAGCCCUAUACUCGACGGACGGCGGUCCACAAUUCUUCACGGGAGCGCGAAAGUGCUUCGAUGACAUACCGAGGAAGCGUUCGUCGCCAAUUUCUGAAAAUGUAUUUUAUGACGCUAUUUCUUUACCUAUACUGUGGAAGGCCUACGUGUCAGCAGCACAAGACAGAGACGUGCGGCUCGCGUACUGGCGACAGGAUUCAGAAAAUCAAGUUUUCUUCCUGGUGUACUGCUACUUGCGAUGCAGCGGAACGUCAACGAAGAGUAAACCGGAGACGUGCAAUUUUCCAGUAAGAAAUUUUCCAACGUUCUACGAAGUGUUCCUAUGUGGAAAGAAGGAACCUCCAGUCGACUGCAGUGUUGCUGAUUAGGCUUGGCACAAUUAAGUUAUAGAAGUUUCAUAAUUCCAACAAGAAUA